GGCGCACAGUCGCGCACCGUCUGUCCGUUAGUACGGUACGCGGGCAACUCCUCGACAUUCGUGCUGCACUUGAUCCAAGCAUCAUCUCGAGAAGAGCAACAGUUAUGCCCUCAGAUCAUCGCGUCAUUGGCUGACACGGUCUAAUAUCAAAUUUCGUCACGCGUCUUUACGCGUACGUAUGGCGUAUGGCUUGUUCUGUGGUAUGGCAUCGUGGGACAUCGUUCUGUGCUUCUUCCUCGGCGCCUUCCUGUAUUCGAGUUUUGGUCAAGCGAUGCCAAAGUCCGAGGUCCAGCCCGAAUUUCUAGCACCUCUGGAGAACCAUACGGUCACUCAAGGUCGUGACGUCUCCUUCACCUGCGUCGUUAAUCAUCUUCAAUCUUACAAGGUUGCCUGGAUAAAGUCGGACUCCAAAGCUAUUCUGGCCAUUCAUACACACAUGGUCGCUCAUAACCCACGGCUGUCUGUCACUCAUAACGGACAUAACACGUGGAAACUGCACGUGACCAACGUUCAACCGAACGACUCUGGCACGUACAUGUGUCAAGUUAAUACGGAUCCUAUGAGGAGUCAGACGGGACACAUGAAGGUAGUGAUACCACCCGAUAUCGAGGAUUUGGACGACUCGGCUGAUCUAACGGCUAAAGAGAACAGUGAUCUGCAAUUACAAUGUCAUGCCACAGGGACACCGAAACCAGUGGUCACCUGGCGAAGAGAAGAUGGCCGGAAUAUUACUCUUCGAACGGAGCAUGGUGUUCAACGAGUGAAAUCGUACGAGGGGGAACAGCUUCAUUUGAAGGGUAUUCUACGCCAGGAGAUGGGUUCGUACCUUUGCAUCGCGUCCAACGGCGUUCCACCGACAGUCAGCAAACGAUAUUACGCGAACGUCCGUUUUAAACCGCUGAUUAAAGUCUCGAACCAAUUAGUUGCGGCCCCGGCUAACAGCGACGUCGUUCUUCAUUGUUACGUCGAGUCGUCGCCGAAAGCGCUGAACACAUGGUACAGGGACGACGGUAUAAAAUUAUUGCCGGAUGAGAAACACGAUCUGUCGGAGGUUACGUUGAACGACUACGCGUAUCAGUUAAAUCUGACCAUCAGGAGAUUGAACAGGGACGACUUUGGGAGCUACACGUGUUCCGCGGAAAAUCUACUUGGCAAGGCUGACGGGACGAUAAGGCUUCAAGAGUUACAUUUAACGAGGACGACGUCGGUGCCUCUGCGCAACACGGAAUUCACGGGCAAACACGGGACGAAAAAGCAGAGCGACAGAAAAGGGAAGCUGCAUUCGUUCGGGCGAGAAGGAACUGGUUCGUUGUCGAAAAAUAGUGGAAAUAUGGGUCACACAACGCCUAUGCUCAGGAGGAACAGUUCGAACGCUUUGACGGACAGCAACGCGAAAAAAUCGAAAGUUUCAUCAUAUCCGGCACCCGCACCUGCGCCAGCGAAUUUCGCACCGACCCAACUGAAUGUUCAGAACAGCGUGACAUCGUCGCGACACUCGCGAUUAAACUGCGUAGGAUUAAUGCUCGCUUUCAUAGUGAUAGUGAUCUGUAGCUCGUAAAGUUCACCGUUUCGUAUGUACGGAAGAGUACAAAUCACCUUUUUUUCCUGUAGGAUAAACGGAAGCUCCUAUCGCGUGUACUCUGCCUACUCUUACGUACCAACGAACUACCUUACAAACGGUUAUUCUUGCGUUCACACCAUGUUCUCGUACGUUAACGCUGACUUUUAUACCGUCUGUACAGUUAUCUUUAUGUUGAGAUGAAGUUUUGAAGAAUUAGAGUUUCAUUUAGAUUACGGUCAACCGUUCUUUGCGUUCGGGCUGGAGAUGUACAGGGUGUCUAAUCCUUCUUCGGAUUAUGGCGACUACGACAGCGUUUCAAAGUUUUGAACUAAAUACGUUAUGUUGGAUCCUUGUUGUACUGCCAUGUACCCGUGAAACAAAUAGUGUUAUAGUCUAAAGCCACAGACUGAUGAAAUUGCAAUGUCUCAGACAUAGCUUAAAGUUGCAGUCCUAACAUUUAAAAAACAUACAAUUUCAAUGUUACAGAAUGAAGCUCAUAAAAUUAACAAAUUUAAAAAAAGACACAAAAUAGCGAAGUUAAAAAAUUGUCAAGGUUCUAAGAACCUUAAAGUUCUCAUUCAAAUUUGUAAAAUUACAAAAUGAUAUUCUACAUUUCAUAAUUUAAAAAUCUAAAAAUUUUGGAGGCCCAAGUCUCAACUGACCUUGAAUAGUUACUGCAAAAUUAUAAAAUUCCAUAGGUCGCAAAAAUCCUUAAACUGCACCGUCCUAAAGACCUGAAGUUCCUAGCACCCCAUUCUAGAAGUCCCAGUUGUAAUUUAUUUGAACUCAGUAAUAAAAGUCAUAUCCGAAGAAGGAUUAAAAGGGAGUCAAAGAUAUUAAACGUACAUUCACCGAUUUGAUUAAUAAGGGUCUAACAUAGGUCCCAAAGCCCUCCAAAAAGACUCAGAAACAGAACACAAUGCACAAUGUUGGUAUAGUUUAAACUUUCUAUAACAAAGUUUAUACAAAAUGAGACCUAUGUUCAUGUAACCACUAAUUAGCCCUUAAAAUAUGUUUUGAUCCCUAAUUUUCCUGUCACCCUGUACAAAAGGAUUCGUAAUAGCACGAUCAAUCAGCAUACGAAAGCUCAUUAAAGUUCGAGGAGGACACUCGAGGAGUUAUCCUUGUUAGAUAGCGACUUCAUGCAAGAAGAUGGUCAAAGGACAUCUUUGAAAAGACUAUAUAGGUGUGCGACAUCAAACGCAUCGAUGUAUCAUUCUAUGGUGUAAAUAACGAACGGUUUCUAUGACAAUAACUAUAGCUGUAUACGAUCGAUCGGUGGAACAGCAAUAUUGAUCACCGAUUGCCCUGAUAAACCGUCAUCGUUAGCCGAAUCUACCGAGUCCCAUAAUGAUCAGUAAUGAUUUAUGGGUACAUCAACGGGUGUACAAUUAUUUUCGGAAGAACUGAGCGGACACUAUUGUGAGUUAUUUAGUGCGGGUGCAUGUUGAGACAAACUUAUGAAGCAAAUGCGGAUAUAUUGAUUUGUUGUUGAUUUUUGGCGCAGCCAUUUUACACGGUCGAUCAUCGACUCUCGUCAAACGUUGUCGAUAACAUACUUGGAUGUAUUAUUUAUCGAUGUUAACGUCUCGGUUGUGUAUUCGUGUAUAUAAUCUACGACAAUAAAUGUUGUUUUUA